GUCAGACUCAUACUUGGACACGUGCUCAGUGUGUUCCCAGCAGUGGUCGGCGCGGCACACAGCCAGCCUGUCGUAGCGGUCCCCUAGUAAGAAUCUAAAAUUGUCUGAGAUAAAGCGCGUAGAAGGAUUUAUAAUCGCAGAAACACAAAAGCAGUUGCAUUCUUGGUAACAGAUGCAACGAUGAUCUGCGCAAGAAGUGCGGUUAUGCUCCUGAAGGCGGUUGUUUCCCUGUUGCUUCUCACAGCGUCUGGGUUAGCUCAAGGCACAGGGCAGCGCCUGAUACUCGACAGUCAGUACGAUGUGAACGAGUGGCCUCACGCGGACGAAGAACGUCCCACGAAUGUGUCGGUACAGAUGUUCAUCAAUUCGUUCGGGUCGCUCAACGCCGCCAACAUGGAUUACACGGUUGAUGUAUUCUUACGGCAACGAUGGAACGACCCUCGGCUCGUCAACGCAGUCAUCCAAAAGGACAUGAUUACCAUCACGAGCAAUGAGUUGCAGAGCAAAAUCUGGAAGCCGGACACUUUCUUCAACAACGUGAAGGACGCGGAGCUUCACACUGUCACGAUGCCCAACAUUUUGUUAAGGAUACAAAACAACGGAGAUGUUUUGUAUAGCAUCAGACUCACGCUCACGCUCUCCUGCCACAUGGACCUUGAACUCUUUCCCUUUGACGACCAGAAGUGUUACAUUGCCCUCGCUUCCUACGCCAACACGGAAGACGUCAUUGACUACGAGUGGGCGAGCGUCAAUCCCAUCGAUCUGCCUGACCAGCUAGAGAUCGCCCAGUUUGACCUCCUCAACUUCACUUGCAAGGACACAACCCAAGUCUUCACAACAGGUAACUUUAGCGGUUUGUUGGUCUAUUUCAACUUGCGUCGCCAAAACGGCUACCACGUCCUCCAGACCUACGUGCCCACCAUCCUGAUCGUGUCCAUCUCGUGGGUAUCCUUCUGGCUAGACCCGAAUGCCGUGCCCGGGCGAGUGUCCCUCGGCGUCACCACUCUGCUCACCCUCACCACCCUCGCCUCAGGCAUCAGGGCUUCCCUGCCGCCUGUGUCCUAUGUCAAGGCCAUCGAUGUGUGGAUCGGCACUUGUAUGAUCAUGGUAUUUGGAGCACUGUUGGAGUUCACUCUGGUCAACUGGCUUGCUAAUAAGAAGAUUAUAAAUCACUCACAAACCAUGUUCAAGAUACCCAGCCUGCUGGCCGGAUCAGAUUACGCAGAGACGAAGGCGCAGGAGGAGGAGCCGUCCGCAGCCGCCAGCCCCAAGACGUACAUUACCUACGCCCGCGCCCUGGACCGCCUGUGCCGCGUCAUCUUCCCCGGGGGCUUCCUCAUCUUUAACUUGGUCUACUGGCCCUACUACCUCGUGCACCAAUACAUGGCACUGCCGCAAAGCCUGGUCUAGACUCGCGAGAAACAAAAUCCUGUUGCUGUCACGACCGCCAUUGAUCUGUAGGACUGUUCUAUUUGUGUGGUGUGCAUUGGGCAAAUGUUUCUUCUUUUUCGUUUAAGAGUAGGAAAUAUUUGACAUUAACAAUGAUUCUAGCAUUUGUUGUGAUGUUUCUUCCCUAUUAUUAGUUCUGUUUUGGUAAAUUUCUACAAUAUCUAAUAUAGUUUCAGUGUUUUUGCAUAUGCUGUAGCAUUCUGGCAAUAUGAAUACCAGACAAAGCACCUGAUUAUGCCAACACUGUAAAAAAUUUAGAUUUGAGAUUUACUGUGAGUUGACACAACGGCCUCAUUCAUAAAGUACUUUAGUAAGAUCAUCGCAAUAAGAUUUACGCAGUGCCAUGUUGACACUAGAAGACGGGUUGCAAUUAUCAUGUGAUACCUUUCUUGUAAUACUAUGAGAUAAUCAGUAUACUUUUUUCUGAGGCCAUUGUUGUAUUAUUAGAACAAUUUCUGAACAGAUCUCGAGUUUUUUCAAGCUGGUAAGCGCUUGCUUAUUGGACAGAGGGCGCAAAAUGCCAAUGGUAACUUUUGUGUAGCAAAGAUUGUAUACAAAUAAUGCAUGUAUGAAAGAAGGUAACACGCGUAAGGAAAUGUGUACAUGGAGGUGUGUGUGCGUGUGUGUGUAUGCGUGUGUGCGUGUGCGCGUGCGUGUGCGCGUGCGUGUGUGUGUGUGCGUGUGUGUGCAUGUGUGUGUGUGUGUGUGUGUGUGUGUGUGUGUGUGUGUGUGUGUGUGUAUGUAUGUAUGUGUGUGUGUGUGAAGGCCAUGUAUUUUUCUGUUAUUCGGAACUCAUACUGCCUACAGUAGUUCUUACCCUAGGGGGCGUAAGUAAUUCCCAAGGCAGAUGCGAGUCCUCAGGGAGAAUUAAGAAUGUCUGGUUAUAUUUGUUAUUUUCUUAACAAGAGCGUGGGCUAAGUUUGAGUUUCUAUAAGAUGCAAAAGCAUCGCCUUUACUAACUUUAGUUUGGAUAGUCUAUUUAGGUUUACCUUUCCCUGUGCCCUCAAAACCCUAGGGGGGGGGGCGGAUUUUAUCUAAAGAUGCAAGGCGGGCGUGGAUACAAGAACAAUUCUUAGAGGGGGCGUGGCAGUUAAGAGACUGAGAACCACAGGUUUGUGAAGUAGUAUUGUUACAGCCCAAGCUUCAAUAAAAAUGA